UAAAAGGAAAUUGUGACGUAUAGAUGUCAUGCGAAAUGUGACGCGACAUAUUAAUGUGUGGUUCAAAGUACGAGUCACGUAGCAAAAACUAAUUAUAUAUAAUUGUAAAAGCCAGUUUUUUUAUUUUUAUAAUAAUGAUAUAAAAUUGUCAUAAUAUUUAAUAAGAAUAACUCGAAAAAGAAGAACGAUCGAGACAGUCUUCCAAGAAUAAAAGUAUCAGAAUCAUUCGAUAAAUGGUUGCGAGAACAGUAUCAGGGCUUGAAACUCUAUGAACUCUUAUUGAAAAAUGGAAGAGGAUGAUGAAGAGGUUUCUCUUACAUGCAUGCAACGGCGAACAAGCAGUAUUCCUGGAUUAAGUAUAUAUCAAUCAGUGCAAAACGGUUUAAAUCAAGGCUCGGAACAAACAUUGUAUCAAAGUAUUCGUAAUACCCUGUACGAAGACGCAAUAAGUGCAAACAGUAUGCACAGUGCUGUCUCUUUGGAUAAUCUUCAUCCUUCAGAUGAUUCGUCCACUAUAAAUAAUGAUACAAACGAAACAGUUAUAGACAAUAGCCAAACAGAUACAAGAAAUAGUAUACACGAUGCAAGAUUGUUGUCUCAUUCUGGUACAAAAUAUAGUUUAUAUUUUCGUGAUGAAAUUCGCUCAAUUGACUUUGUACUUGUGUGGGAUGAGUUUAAUGGAGAAGCACAAACCUAUCGUAAUGUUGAACGCAGAAGGGUAUUUGAGCUAAAUCUCGAAAAAGAAGGACUGGAAUUAGAAUAUGAACAGGUGGAAACAAAUGGCUUACAUUUUAUAAAAAUUCAUGCACCUAAGGAAGUUCUACGACGAUAUGCCGAAAUAUUGAAAUUAAGAUUGCCUAUGAAACAACUGCCUGGCUGUCAAAUAUCUCAAACAAACAGCAAUCCUAUUAUCCAAGAAGUCAAUACGUUUAUUCGACGAAUUAUGAGCAAAUAUUAUGUAGACACAAACAUUUUUCCAACAAUGAAGCAAAACUUUACAGCUGUAUAUAGCAGAGAUAAAGAAUACUUAUUCGAUGUGAAUUCGCCUAAUUUUUUCACAUCAGCAACACGGUCGCGUAUUGUACAGUUUAUAUUGGAUAGAACUAAAUUUACAGAAACCAAGGAAGACGAUUUUGCAUUUGGUAUUGAAAGAUUGAUAUCUGAGCAUGCAUAUGUCGCGGCGUAUCCGCUUCAUGAUGGAAAUCUACAUACUGCAGACUCAAUGCGCUAUCUUUUGUACACUGAAUGGGCCAGUUUGAAAAAAUGCCUCCAUUAUCAGCCCUUAGAUUAUAUUAAAGAAUAUUUUGGUGUGAAGAUAGGACUUUACUUUGCUUGGCUGGGAUUCUACACUCAUAUGCUGAUUCCAGCUAGUAUUGUUGGUCUUUUAUGUUUCAUAUACAGUUGCUCUACUUUGUAUUAUAAUGAACCAAGUGAAGAUAUUUGUAAUCGCAAUGGUACUAUCGAAAUGUGUCCAUUAUGUGAUCAUUUUUGUGGCUAUUGGGAUCUCAAGGAGACAUGUUUACAUGCGAGAAUUACUUAUUUGUUUGACAAUCCCUCAACUGUGUUUUUUUCUAUAUUUAUGUCAUUAUGGGCUACAUUGUUCCUUGAAUUAUGGAAGAAAUACUCUGCUGAAAUAACUCAUAGAUGGGAUUUGACUGGUUUAGAUGCUCAAGAAGAAUAUCCUAGGCCACAGUACUUAGCACGGCUUGCACAUAUUAAAAAAAAAUCUAUUAAUAUUAUUACAAAUACAGAAGAGCCAAAAGUACCAUAUUGGAAGAUGAGAUUUCCUGCCACAAUUCUUAGUUUCUCAGUUGUUCUACUUUUGAUAGUUGUAGCUAUGGCUGCUGUGCUUGGAGUAGUCCUGUACAGAAUGUCUGUUCUAACUGCAUUAAGUGUUUAUGGGCAUCCUAUGGUAACCAGUUAUGCUAUAUUAUUUACUACUGCUACUGCUGCAAGCAUUAAUCUCUGUUGUAUCAUUUUAUUCAAUUGGUUAUAUGUUUGGCUGGCAGAAUAUUUGACAGAGCUUGAACUGCUCCGUACUCAGUCUGAAUUUGAUGACAGUUUAACUUUAAAAAUUUAUUUAUUGGAAUUUGUCAAUUAUUAUGCUUCCAUAUUUUAUAUAGCCUUCUUUAAAGGAAAAUUUAUUGGCUAUCCAGGAAAUUAUAAUCGUUUCUUUAACUUUCGACAAGAAGAGUGUGGACCAGGUGGUUGCCUUUUAGAAUUAUGCAUCCAAUUGAGUAUUAUCAUGAUUGGCAAGCAAGCUAUGAAUACUAUCUUAGAAAUGCUCUUUCCACUAUUUUAUAAAUGGAUGAAUACUUUGAAAGUUCAUGUAGGUGCGAAAACAUUGAAAGACCAUAACAUGAGAUACUCGUCUAGAAAGUAUUUGCAGUGGAUCAGAGAUUAUAAGUUAGUUGAAUGGGGUCCUAGAAGUCUUUUUCCCGAAUAUUUAGAAAUGGUGCUACAAUAUGGAUUUGUUACAAUUUUUGUCGCUGCAUUUCCUUUGGCGCCGUUCUUUGCCUUACUGAAUAAUAUUUUUGAGAUGAGAUUGGACGCCAAAAAGUUAUUGACCAUGUACAGAAGACCGGUCGGACAGCGCGUGAGAGAUAUAGGCAUAUGGUAUCGCAUUCUCGAUUCCAUUUCCAAAUUAUCAGUUAUUACUAAUGGAUUUAUCAUAGCUUUUACUUCAAAUUUUAUACCAAGGCUAGUUUAUCGUAUAACAAUUUCUGAUAAUUAUUCGUUAGAAGGUUUUCUAGAGCAUUCUCUAUCAAAAUUUAAUACCAGCGAUUUGAAAAAUGGCACUCAACCUAUGGCAUCAUUGGGUCAAGCCCCAAUCGAGAUUUGCCGUUAUCAAGAUUACAGAGAAUCACCAGAUUCGCCAAACAAGUAUGAUUAUACCAUCAUGUUUUGGCAUAUACUAGCGGCUAGAUUAGCUUUUAUCGUCGUUUUUGAGAAUGUCGUGGCAUUCGUGAUGAUUCUUGUACGAUGGUGUAUUCCUGAUAUAAGCCCAAAAUUACGCGACAAGAUACGUCGCGAAGCGUACAUCACCAAUGAGAUUAUCAUACAUCAAGAAGCAUUACGUGCUCUGGAGAGGCCCGAGACUGAUGUCGUAGAGCCAAGGAUCACGCAAACAUACGUAGUUGCCAACGAAAGUACCGACAGAUGGAAUAGGGUUAUGAGAGAUUGUCUCUCGACUUCCGAACUCGAUUUAGAGGUCCAUGGGAGUCCUCUCUCCCCGGUUAAUACAACUCCGCGUAUUAGCCCUGCUGCAGUCUGAUCAAGAAAAUUCAUCAAAUUGAUGGGAAUCUAUGCGGGUCUAAUAUAAUUUUCUGAAAAUUAUUAGAUUAGUGCAAAAAGUAUGUCGUUUUUGUCAAAGUAUUAACGAUUGUAUUUUAAUUUCUCUCUCUCUCUCUCUCUCUCUCUCUCUGUUUCUAUAUAAAUAAUUAUUGUUGAUUAAAAUAGUCACUAUUAUGACUUUGGUAUACUUUUUAAAAUUUUAGACAAAGGAAAAUAUCGAAUUUUCUUUUACAUUCAUAUAAAACUAUGAAUAGUUUUAUAUAAAAGUAAAUCACUUAGUAUGAAAACGACAAAUUCUUUGCAUCAAGAAUCUAAAAAUAUCGUGAUUUUCGCUAGUCGUGAGCUAAUUCGUGGAAUUUGACGAGAAGAUAUUAUUUUUGGAAGGUAUAUUUUAAUGGAAGCCACAAUUUUAAGGCUGGACUUGGGGAGCAUGCUUUUAGCGCUAUGAGCGUAUUCUGUCCUUAUUCAAUUUUCAGUAAAUAACAAAGAUAGAUGACGCUUUUAGUAUAUAAGCGUGAUCCCUGAACCCAAGUACUCCUAACUUUCUAAUUAUAAAAUAGACGCUAUAUAAGAUGCACAUAUUUUUCAUGGCGGAGAUAAGAAUCUCUACAAUUUUAUAAACUUUAUUAGAGAAUUAAGAUUGAAUUAUUAGAGAGAGAAUUGUGUGUACGUUUAUUGCAACUAUCAGAGUUAAUUUUUUGAAGCGAUAUUAUAGUGCAAUAAGAUAUAUUUGUUACUGUUAUUGCCAGAAUUUUAAAUCUUUAAUAUUAAUCAUAAUUAUUAGCAACUUUUCUGGAAUUUAUUAUUCUAACAUUUUCAGUUAUUCUUGUCACAAAAAUAUUUUCAAUGUACUUUACAUAUAUAACGACAGAGAAAGAGACAGUUGUAUAGAAUGUUUCGUAUCUAAUCUAAUCGUUAGUAGAAAUAAAAUCAAUAUAUAUAUAUAUAUAUAUAUAUAUAUAUAUAUAUAUAUAUAUAGUCAUCCAAUUAUCUAAGUGUGAUUGAAUGAUAAGAAAUUAUAUAACAUUAUACAAAAUAUAUUAUUGAACAUGAUGUUAAAAGACAUUCUAUAUAUACACAUUGGAUUAUUUAAAUAUAUUUAGUAAUUGGAUUGUACAAAGGAUUGUAUUGUAAAUUUAUGUAUAUUUGUGUGUGUAUGUACAUACACUCAUGCAUAUGCAUAUAUUUUUGUGUGACAAAAAAACGCGGAUUUUUUUGACUAUAUAAACUGAUAUAAAUUGUAUUUUGAGAAGAAUCUAAUAUUUGUUUAACUAAUUAUAUAGAUUACUAUUAUGAUAUUUGCAGAUUUAUAUUAAGAUUCUCUUCUAUAUUGAAUAUUUUCUAUAUGAGAUGAAUGAUCUACAUCUCUUUUACUGUUAUACUGUUAUAAAAAUAUAUAUUUUAAAUUUGUAUAUUCCCUUAAUUUACGCUUAAAUAUUUUAAAGGAAAAAGAAUAAUAAAAAGUUACUAUACAUUAA